AUGCCCUCGGAAGAUUAUGGAAUCCAGAUGCUAAAUCGUCCCGGUUUGCAUCUCCCUACCACAGAUCUUCAAGCCCUGCAGGCGAGCCUCCGCGACCUCGGGGCGCGAUGCCUGAAUCCCGUGCCGAACUACCAGGUCUUCAGCACCGACCUCUCCUCGGCCUUUGACGACAAGGUCCUAGCAAUCGCGCGGCAGGGCGACGAGGUCGUGGCCUUCGCCGCGGCCGUCGUGCUCCCGAUCACAGGCCGGGCGGACCCGGUCGUCCACAGCGGGCUGACGGUGGUGCACCCGGACCACCGGCGGUCCAGCGGCCUGACACAGCUGCUGUUCGGCAACAUCUUCCUCGCCGUCCUGGGCGAGUUCCCCCGCGGCGUGUGGUUCACCACCCUGGCCGAGGUCAUCAGCUCCCUCGUGCACAUAUCCAAGUAUGCCGUCGACGUCUUCCCCUCGCCGCGGUGGGAGGCGGAGCACGGCCGCCUGGACCGCCCGCGCGGCACACACGUCGCAAUUGCGCGGGAGAUCAGCCGGGUUCACCGCGGCGCCAUGGCCAUCUCGCCCGCGGCCGAGUUCGACGAGGCGACGUUCGUCUUUCGGGGCUCGAACGACUUUGCCGAGGGCCGGCCAUUCAUGAAGGACGUCGACGACCCGGCCUACUGGCACCGAGACCGCGAGACGUCGAGGUUCUACCGCAGGCUCUUCCGUAAGAACAAGGGCGACGAGGUAUUGCUGGUUGGGUUCCUCGACCCGGACCACGUGAGAAGGGUAGCCAUGGGCCCUGUGUUUAAGGACGACUGGGGCGACAAGUUUUCCAAACUGUGA